AUGUCUAGUAAAAAGAGAGCGCCUGGUCAAGUCCGCAGAGACAACUCUGACCACUCUGACUACUUUGAUGGCCUUGAAAACGGACUCAAGUGCAGUUAUUCCAACAGAUUUCGAAAGCCUAUCAUCUUGAAGCCAGGGAUAAUGGAGCAGGAAGUGAAGGGUAACGAAGUCAUUCAAAGAUGGGGACUCCCGACUCCCUGCAAAUGUAAAGCCCGCGACAAUACUGCAGACAUCAUAGUCUCAGCCAUUGGGUUCUGCAAACCUUCCGCACUAGUAAAGUUGUUGGAUCCCAACGUAUCCCAAUUUUACUGGUGUACAUCUACUUAUAAUAUGGACUUUUGCGUUAGAAGAUCAUGGAAAUAUUUACGAGUCACGCUCGACAAACGGGCUCUAUCCUAUCACAUCGAUGACGAUGGUAGAUGGCAGCUAUUGGGUUCUGAGCGCUUGGGUAUCGAGGAGAUUUGCACUCUGGAAGACCAUUAUAAAGAAAACUGGCAUGAGUGUCAUAUUGCGAAAAGCGACCGAAUUCUUGCUGGGAGAUUGGGUAAUUCCCUCCCCUGGCACCAAGAACUCCUCAAAGAUUUCGAUUUCGAGUGUUAUGUCACUACGAAAGAUGGACAUUGGAUAAACAUCGGCGAAUCAGAAGCUGCUGGCGGAAAUGCAACUGUGGCGGAUAAAAACUCGACUCCAAAGCAAGUAUCCAUACAGUCAGGUAGCAAUACCGAAAUCGAGACCGUGACGAUGAACGCCACUGGCGCCAAGAAAGCGGAUCAAACCGAUUUGCGAGAAACAAAAAAGAGAAAGUGCGCAGCGGAAUGAUUAGGUUGAUGAGCAGGUUUCGGCAGAUAUACCCAAGAUGAUCCGCUUGGGAAGUAAUCUACGGGAUGGGAUGGGAUGGGAUGGGAUGGGAUGGGAUGAG